AUUCUGUUACAGGGUUUGGCGAAGUUUACCUGGCGAGGAAGAAGGACGGAAACGACGCCGGUAAACUUUACGCCAUAAAGAACAUGAAGACAUCACUGAAGAGAAAGGACAUCGACCACGCGUGGACGGAGCGUCGCGUGUUUGAGAAAACACGUGACUGUCCGUUCCUAGUGCAACUGCAUUAUGCCUUUCAGUCGAAUGAACGCCUGCAUCUCGUAAUGGAUUACGUCGCAGGAAAAGACUUCAUAGAACUGCUGGAGCAGAGAGGUAGGCUUAUGGAGAAUGAAACAAGAUUCUUCUCCGCCAAAGUCAUCCUGGCCCUCCAGCACCUGCACGAGUUGGGAAUCCUCACCGAGUAUUCCUAA